CUGUGGUCCUGCUGCUGCUGCUCAGCCUCCUCCGGUCGUCGCCAUGGUGCAGAUGAUGGAGUCACAGUGCGAGUAUUUCAUGUAUUUCCCGGCGGUGCCCAUCACGGAUCUCUCCGACCCGGCCCGGUACCGCACCCUGCCCCGUAGGAGUCAUCUCUACCUGGGGGAGACCGUCCGCUUCCUCCUGGUGCUGCGCUGCAGAGACGCUGGGGCGACGCCGACCGAGCACGGCCCCGCAGGGGGCGCUGAUAGCACUGCAGCAGGUUUUGGGACGGAAUCAGCCAGCAGCCGGGCGUGGAGGGAGCUGGCUGGGUCUCUGUGUGCGGUGGCCAGCGUGAGUCCAGGUGAGAGCAGUCGUCACAGAGGAAACCACCAUCAGCAUCACCAUGACUACCACAGCAGCGGGGACGAGGGUAACGAGGACGGCGAAGAGGACUACAUCGCAGCGGCCGAGGCCGCCAUCGCGGCGCUCGGCAGCAGGGUGGACUCUCGGUGUCGGAGCUUCAGGGACUGCAAACCUCUCCUCAUCCACAACUCAUCCGGGACGGCACUGAGGGAGUUUCGCAGGGCACCUGUUCAGUCUCCUCUUGAUGAGCCGGUGGUUCUCACAGAUGAAGUGAUCUUCCCCCUCACGGUCUCUCUGGACAAACUCCCCGUCAGCACCCUGAAAGUCAAGGUGAUGGUCACCGUGUGGAAGAAGGAGGCGGAGAAAGUGGAGGUGCAGGAACUCGGCUACCUGAGCGUCCUGCAGCAGCGAGAGCCGACACACACUUUCAGACACGACCUGAACACAUUCAAGGCUCAGGUGAGCACCACCCUGACCGUCCUGCCGCCUCCAACCGUCCGCUGUAAGCAGAUGACUGUUUCUGGAAAACACCUCGCUGUCUUAAAAGUGCUGAACGAGUCUUCUCAGGAGGAGGUGAGUAUUCGGGAUGUUCGGAUUUUACCCAAUCUCAACGCCUCCUACCUUCCCAUGAUGCCCGACGGCUCCGUGCUGCUGGUGGACAACGUGUGCCACCAGUCCGGUGAGGUCGGCAUGGCGUCUUUCUGCCGGGUGGACAGCCUGGCCUACCGGCUUCCCAGCAUGCUCAGCGCUUUGGAGGAGCACGACUUCCUGUUCCAGCUGCACCUCAACGACAUGCCGCAGGACGACUCCAAUGAGGGGCUGGAGGUUCCUCUGGUAGCUGUGCUGCAGUGGUCAACUCCCAAGAUGCCUUUCACCAACUGUAUCUAUACCCACUACAGGCUGCCCAGCAUCCGCCUGGACCGGCCACGGUUCGUCAUGACGGCCAGCUGUCCGAGCACCGUCAGGGUGAAAGAGCAUUUCAAGGUCAAAUAUGUUCUUCUCAACAACCUGCAGGACUUCCUGGCUGUCCGGCUCGUCUGGACUCCAGAAGGUCGAGGUCAGGGUGAAGACGCAGCGCUGUCUGCGGUGGUCUGUCACACUCCUCUUAGUAACCUCGGUCACUGUCGCAAAGGAAGCACUCUGUCCUUCAGCGUCGCCUUUCAGAUCCUCAAACCAGGACUCUACGAGCUGAGUCAGCAUAUGAAGUUAAAGCUCCAGUUUACAGCAUCAGUGUCCAACCCUCCACCUGACGCUCGGCCUCUGUCACGUAAAAACAGCCCAUCCAGCCCGGCGGUUCGAGACCUGCUGGACCGACACCAGGCCAGUCUGGGUCGAUCUCAGUCCUUCUCCCACCAGCAGCCGUCUCGAUCGCACAUCAUGAGGACGGGCAGCGCCAUGGAGCGACGGGCCAUCACGCCUCCCGUCGGCUCUCCGGUCGGUCGGCCGCUCUACCUGCCGCCGCAGGACAAAACAUUGCUGUCGCUGGACAAGAUCGCCAAGAGGGAGUGCAAGGUCCUGGUGGUGGAUCCUGUCAGCUAAGCAGGAAGGAGGCGAGAGGAGAGAGGAGAGGCUUUUGUUUUGAAACAAGAAGUGCAGAUAAAGACUUGACUUUAUGUUACUGCAGGAAACGUCCCCGUGAUGGAUCAGCUGAUCGAUCAGAAAAAAAAACUCUUUUUCCUUCAUGAGGAGGAAAGUUCAUCGCUCAGAUGAAGUAUUUCAUGUAUUAUCAUAUUUAAAAACACUUCAUGUCUUCCGGCCCAAUUCCUGGAAACUUUCUUUACAGUUUCCUUAAAUAAAUGGACUGUUCUUAUAUACUGCUCAUUUACCUACAAGUAACAGGAUAUUUUAAAAAAGAAGUCCUUGGUGCUUAUUAUACAGCAAACAAUAAAAGUCAUAACAGCUGAGUAUCUAAUGUUUUAUAGCAUUUUCUCCAGCAGCUGAAAAAAGCAGCUCAGUAACAUGAUGGAUACAGAUUUACAUGCACAGAUCAUUAUUUUACAAUCAGCACCAAACUGUGAGAUUUUCAGCCAAACGACUGCAAAUGUUCAGCAAAGCUUCCAGGAAAUGAGCCGGAAAGACCUCUAAAAUAAAGUAUUAGCUUUUUACUUCUGUAUUAUUUUAAGGUAAGUGUGGGGUUAGUGUUACAGACUGGUGACCUGUCCUGGGUGUACCCCACCUCUCGCCUUAUGGCAGCUGGGAUAAGCUAGCCCCCCCCCCCCCCCGGGACCAUGAAGAAAAUGGAUGGAUGGACAUCACAAGUUAUGAAGACAGUCACAGUUUAAUACAGAAAAUGUUUUGUUUCCGUGUUGUUUUCUCCGUCAUCUGUAUUCAAUCAGUAACUUCAUUAGAAUGUUAAUAAUAAAAUGAAUGUAAGGGUCCAACCUGUAAUGACUCUGCAGACAUUCCUGCUCCCCAGAGGGCUGAUCGCUGCAGCUUCGCUCAGAGCCGACAGAGCUCCUCCUCCUUUGAGUCUUUCACCGCAUCUUCUGAUCAGCUCUGAGUUUAUUUCCUCCUGGUUAUCACACCAGUGAUGGGGUGAUGAUGGAUGUGAGUGAUGGCUGAUCAGCAGAGCCGGAAAUAAAAUGGCUUUUAAAGCGGUCAGCAGUCCAGUCGGUUAUUUGUACUU